AUGGCCGCGGCUAUAGCCAGCUCCUUGAUCCGCCAGAAGCGCCAGGCUAGGGAAUCUAACAGCGACCGGGUUUCGGCCUCCAAGCGCCGCUCAAGCCCCAGCAAGGAUGGGCGCUCCCUGUGCGAGAGGCAUGUCCUCGGGGUGUUCAGCAAGGUGCGUUUCUGCAGUGGCCGGAAGAGGCCCGUGAGGCGGAGACCAGAACCCCAGCUGAAAGGAAUUGUGACAAGGUUAUUCAGCCAGCAGGGAUAUUUCCUGCAGAUGCACCCAGAUGGGACAAUCGAUGGAACCAAGGACGAGAACAGUGACUACACCCUUUUCAACCUAAUCCCUGUGGGCCUUCGGGUUGUGGCGAUCCAGGGAGUGAAAGCCAGCCUCUAUGUGGCAAUGAAUGGAGAAGGGUAUCUCUACAGCUCUGAUGUUUUCACACCUGAGUGCAAAUUUAAGGAAUCUGUCUUCGAAAACUACUAUGUUAUCUAUUCUUCCACACUUUACCGGCAGCAGGAAUCAGGGAGAGCCUGGUUUCUGGGACUCAAUAAAGAAGGUCAAAUCAUGAAAGGAAAUAGAGUGAAAAAAACCAAACCUUCAUCACACUUUGUCCCUAAACCCAUUGAAGUGUGCAUGUACAGAGAGCCAUCGCUGCAUGAAAUUGGAGAAAAACAAGGACGCUCCAGGAAAAGCUCCGGGACGCCAACAAUGAAUGGAGGGAAAGUGGUGAAUCAAGAUUCUACAUAG